AUAUAGUAUCACAAGAAAGAAUAAGCACAGCCAAAAAGAAAAAUGGAUCAGAAAAAGACACAAAGUAGCAGUAGUAGUGUAACUGUUUCAGAACCAAAAACAAAUAUUGUUGAGUUGGGGACACUUUCUUCUAAUCAAAUGGAAUCUCUUACUGCUCUUUGUGACACAUUUUUACCUUCAAUUCAUCUUAAUUCAUCUGGUGAUCAUCAUCAUCAAGAAGCCAAUAACAUAAAUGAUUCUUUCACUAAGUUCCUCUACACUUCAGCAUCCAUGAAUGGAACUCCUCAACAUAUAGCAUGGAUGAUAAAUAAUAGAUUGCAACAUCCAAAGCUCAACUUGUGCAAAUUAGCACUAUGGCUAUUAUCAACAAGGAUUGGAACUCUUAUACUUUGUGGUAAAGCAAGUCUAUCAAACCAAUUUCCAUAUUUACAGAAAUUUUCCAAAAUUUCACCAAACAAAAGAGAGAAAAUUGUCAAAUCAUGGGCAACAAGUUGUUUCAAACUCAUAAGGAUUCUCUUUUGUGCUGCCAAAAUUCUGGUUCUCCUAGUAUUCUUCACUCAGGUGAAUGAGGUGAGUCAGAAUCCAUCAUGGAAAGCACUUGGUUACUCUGGACCUGAUCCAGAUUUUAAGAAGCAAAAACAAGAAAACUCAAACAUGGACUGUAAGGAAAAGGAUGAUCAACCAUUUGGACCACUUUAUGAAGGAAUCAUCUGUCUAAAAGAUUCACAGAAAAUAAUAUUCCAUAGGCUACAAGGACUAGGAUUUUCUGUGUCGAAACCGCUUAGUUUCAAGAACACAAGGAGAAGUACAGAGUGCCCUGCUUUCAUAAUUGAGUGUGAUGCUGUUGUAGUUGGUUCAGGUUCUGGUGGUGGUGUUAUAGCUGGUAAUCUUGCAAAUUCUGGACACAAAGUACUUGUCUUAGAAAAAGGAAGUUAUCUUGCAAGAACAAACCUUUCACUUCUUGAAGGUACUUCAAUGGAUCGAAUGUACCUUGGAAGUGGACUACUAAUAACUGCCGACAUGGAUGUUAUGCUGCUUGCUGGAUCCACUGUUGGUGGCGGGUCGACGAUUAACUGGGCAGCUUCGAUUCAAACUCCACAACAUGUACUAAAAGAAUGGUCCGAAAGCUACAAUCUUGAACUGUUUGGAAGUGAAUUCUACAAAGGGGCUAUGAAGAUUGUAUGUGACAAAAUGGGAGUUCAGUCUGAAAUAGAGGAUGAAGGGUUCCAAAACAUGAUUUUGAGAAAAGGGUGUCAAGAAUUGGGGUAUCCAGUGGAAACAGUCCCUAGGAAUGCGCCCUCGGGUCACUACUGUGGAUGGUGUAGCAUGGGUUGUAAAGAUGGGAGGAAACAAGGUACAGCUGAGACAUGGCUAGUUGAUUUGGUGAAAUCAGGCAAUGGUGCAAUACUUCCUGAAUGUGAAGCCUUGGAAGUGAUCCAUGAAAAAAAGAAUGACAAUUCAGGAAAAAGUAAAGCCGUUGGAGUUGCUUUUGCAUUUCAAAAUUAUGAUGGGGUGAGGCAAAUUGGCAUGGUGAAAUCAAAAGUCACAAUAGUAGCUUGUGGUGCUCUUAGCACACCUUCAUUGCUCAAGAGGAGUGGCUUAAAGAAUCCAAACAUUGGCAGAAACUUACACCUCCAUCCAGUCGUUAUCGCCUGGGGAUACUUUCCUGAUUCACAACCAAUGUCAAAUGAAAUAUGGCCAAAAGCAGGGAAGAAAAGUUAUGAAGGAGGGAUAAUAACAGCAGUGUCUAAAGUCGUGGCAAAUUUCAAAGGAUCAGGAUAUGGUGCAAUCCUACAGACACCAGGAUUGCACCCUGGCAUGUUUUCAGCACUAAUGCCAUGGGUUUCAGGCCUAGAUAUCAAGAUGAGAAUGAGCAAAUAUUCAAGAACCGCAUAUAUCUUUGCGUUGGCAAGGGACAAGGGAUCAGGAGAAGCAUUUUCACCCUAUUCAGUAACUUACAAGUUGGAUAAAACUGAUGAAGAAAAUUUAAAACUUGGCCUAGAGAAGACGUUAAGAAUAUUGGCAGCUGCGGGUGCAGAAGAGAUUGGAACUCAACACACAAAAGGAAGGAGUUUGAAGGUGAAAGAAGCAAGUUUAAAGGAGUUUGAGAGGUUUGUGAAAGAAGAAAGUUCGAUAGGAAUGGGAAAACAUUCAGUUCCUAUAUGUUCAGCACAUCAAAUGGGAAGUUGUAGGAUGGGAGUUGAUCCAACAACUUCAGUGGUUAAUUCCAAAGGAGAAACAUGGGAAGUAGAAGGUUUGUUUCUUGGUGAUUCAAGUGUGUUUCCAACUGCUCUUGGAGUGAAUCCAAUGGUCACUAUUCAAUCUAUUUCUUAUUGCACUGCACAAUCUGUGCUUCAAGUUCUUGAGAAUCAAAAGUCGGAGUAAAAAAGCAUUAAAAAAAUUGUUAAUGUUCAUUAAAGUUUGUGUAAUAUCUCUACCUUCAACUUAUGAGUUUUAAGGCUAUAGUAAGCAUCAUGGGAUAAGAUCUCUGGAGGAAUCCAUAUAUCUUACCAAGUGUAAACACUAUUCUAUGUUCUAGUAAAUUUGUAGUGUAACUAUUUUUUUUUAGCAACUUGAGAAUUCCCUAUUAAUUAGCACCAGGGGAGAUUAACAAUAAAUUGAAGUUGAACAUGGU